AUGGUAGACAUGACCAAACUAAACACGAGAACGAAAGAAGACGGCGAAUCGAGAAGCGGUGUACUGGCUGGUCUGAUGGACUCACAAUUUCCUCCCGCAGCUGUUGCAGCCACUGGUGAUCCCUGCGUUGCUGCAGCCACUGUCGCUGCAGCCACUGGUGAUCCCCGUCCACUCGCUGCCACCUCGUCCACUCGCUGCCACCGCGUCCACUCGCUGCCUCCCCGUCCACUCGCUGCCACCCCCAUCCACUCGCUGCCACCCCCGUCCGUUGCUCCCCUUUCUCCCCUUUCUCCCCUUUCUCCCCUUUCUCCCCUUUCUCCCCUUUCUCCCCUUUCUCCCCUUUCUCCCCUUUCUCCCCUUUCUCCCCUUUCUCCCCUUUCUCCCCUUUCUCCCCUUUCUCCCCUUUCUCCCCUUUCUCCCCUUUCUCCCCUUUCUCCCCUUUCUCCCCUUUCUCCCCUUUCUCCCCUUUCUCCCCUUUCUCCCCUUUCUCCCCUUCCUUUCUCCCCUUCCUUUCUCCCCUUCCUUUCUCCCCUUCCUUUCUCCCCUUCCUUUCUCCCCUUCCUUUCUCCCCUUCCUUUCUCCCCUUCCUUUCUCCCCUUCCUUUCUCCCCUUUCUCCCCUUUCUCCCCUUCUCCCUCUCCCCUUUCUCCCCUUUCUCCCCUUUCUCCCCUUUCUCCCCUUUCUCCCCUUUCUCCCCUUUCUCCCCUUUCUCCCCUUUCUCCCCUUUCUCCCCUUUCUCCUCGCAGGACAGUCGUCUCUCGUGCAAGCCAGCAACGGCAGCCGUGUCGAUUCCCCGUCCACUUGCUGCCAUUCCCGUCCGCCUCACAGGCCGUGA